UGGCAGCGCGUCGCCAUGGCAACGUGUGCUAAGUUGCAGCAGUCGUGUCAAAGUUCACUAUAUAGAGAAGCUCAGCGAGCUGAUCAGAGAGAAAGCAUUCUGCCAGCCGUGCUCGUCUUAAGCCAAAAACCUCCCCGACCGCCUUUUUAACAUAUUUCCACACUUUGAUUCGCCUUUUUCAACCACAUUCUAAUCAUAAUUUUCAUCGCACGGAAGAGAAGAAGAAGACGAAGACGCGAGGAGGGAUUCUAAAAGGCGCAGAUCUCCAACAUUUGCUGGCUCGAGAAGCGGAUUUUUCCUAUUCUUUCUUUUUUGUGGAGAGAAUUCUUCCAGACUCGCACCCGGAGCUUGUUGGUCCCCCAUUCGACCGCCGGUCUUCUCCAUCCAUCCUCGCCCCCCCUUUUCCUACCCUCCUCCUCCUCCUUGUCCUCCUCCUCCUUCUCUUCCUCCCUCCAAAAAGCCAAGCCGGUCCAUGCUGUUUGCUCGCUCUCGUCCCGGCACUCGGCCGACCUUCCCCGCCGACGGGGGUGCUGGAUGGCCGGCAGUAGGAACCCCCUUGACUCGGCCUCGCUGGUGAGAAGCAGCCUCCUCCUCGUCGUCGUCUUCUUCCUCCGCCUCCUCCCCGUCGUCGUCGUCGUCGAGUCUACUCAUUCCCGGAGCGGAGCGUCGAGCGCGGCGCCUCGGCUGUGGUGACAUACCCCCACACACCAGCAGCACCACCACCACCCCGGUCGGCGCGUGGAACGACAACCCUCCAAUAAGGUCAAAAGAGAGACAAAACGGCCGAUCAAAAAGUUUCCCCCCCGUUGACUGAGAGGCAGAUAUGGCAAUGGUAGUGUGGAGAGGCUCCCAGGACGACGUGGCGGACACCCAGGGCGCCCUCUCCUCGCAGACCCAAGGCGGGCUGGCGCUGGGCAACGCGCAGCCGGGCCAGCUGGGGCUGACGGCCGCGCAAGUGGCGCCGCCGGCUCCGCAAACCCCCGCGCAAGGCGGCCCCAACGGGCAGUCGGCGCCCGGUGGUGGCCAAGGCGCCCAGCAGCAACCGGACAAGCAGCCGCAGCACAUCGAGUGCGUGGUGUGCGGGGACAAGUCGAGCGGCAAGCACUACGGCCAGUUCACCUGCGAGGGCUGCAAGAGCUUCUUCAAGCGCAGCGUGCGGCGGAACCUGACGUACACAUGCCGGGCCAACCGGAACUGUCCCAUCGACCAGCACCACCGCAACCAGUGCCAGUACUGCCGCCUCAAAAAAUGCCUCAAGGUCGGCAUGAGACGGGAAGUCUCUCUUUUUACUGCAGCCGUGCAAAGGGGACGGGUGCCGCCCACGCAGCCGCACCACGGCCAGUUCGCGCUGACCAACGGGGACCCGCUGCACUGCCACUCGUACCUCUCGGGAUAUAUCUCGCUGCUGCUGCGCGCGGAGCCCUACCCGACGUCCCGCUACGGCAGCCAGUGCAUGCAGCCCAACAACAUCAUGGGCAUCGAGAACAUUUGCGAACUGGCGGCGCGCAUGCUCUUCAGCGCCGUGGAGUGGGCCCGGAAUAUCCCCUUCUUCCCGGACCUGCAGAUCACCGACCAGGUGGCCCUGCUGCGGCUGACGUGGAGCGAGCUGUUCGUGCUGAACGCGGCGCAGUGCUCCAUGCCGCUUCAUGUGGCCCCGCUGCUGGCGGCGGCCGGCCUGCACGCCUCGCCCAUGUCGGCGGAUCGCGUGGUGGCCUUCAUGGACCACAUUCGGAUCUUCCAGGAGCAGGUGGAGAAGCUCAAGGCGCUGCACGUCGACUCGGCUGAGUACAGCUGCCUCAAGGCCAUCGUGCUCUUCACCACAGACGCGUGCGGCUUGUCGGACGUGGCCCACGUGGAGAGCCUGCAGGAGAAGUCCCAGUGCGCCCUGGAGGAGUACGUGCGCAGCCAGUACCCCAACCAGCCCACCCGCUUCGGCAAGCUGCUGCUGCGCCUGCCCUCGCUGCGCACCGUUUCCUCGUCGGUCAUUGAACAGUUGUUUUUCGUCCGCCUGGUAGGUAAGACCCCCAUCGAAACGCUCAUCAGGGACAUGUUGCUGUCGGGGAGCAGCUUUAACUGGCCUUACAUGUCCAUUCAGUAAAGAAGACACAAGAUGACGAUGGUGGUGCAGGUGGCGGUGUGUGUGUGUGUGUUGUGAGGGAGGGAGGGGCUGCUUGCUGGAGGUGACGAUUCAAUGAUUUUAGCUGCUUCUUCUUUUUAUUUGCGCUGAAGGAAUAUUGGAAGGACAAAAAAAAACUGUGAAUUAUUCCCUCCCUCAUUUCACCCCCGCCCCCCCGCGUUAAAAAAAGACACCCAUCCACUGACUGAACUGAAAAGUGUUUUUUGUAACGAAAGCAAGAACAACAACAAAAAAGGAAAACGCGGGAUUUUGUUGAGGAAAUUUUAAGUAUUAAGUGCAUUUUUUUUUGGUUUCGAAAAAGGAAGGGAAUUUUGUUUUUAUUCACGUGUCCUGUGUCCAAAUGUAUAGCUGUGUGCGUGCUUGCGUGCGUGCGUGGGUGCGUGUGUGUUUUGUACUUUCCUCCUCCAUUUUCGUUUUUUGUUUGUUUUCUCUGGUUCCAAACCGGCUUAAUAUGUGACUGUGUUGUACACAGGUGGUUGUGUUUUUUUUUCCAUUCACGUGAAGAAUAAUGUGUACAAACAAACGGGGGAAAAGGAGAGGAAUUAAAACCACAGCAAUAGGAGUUGUUCGAGACUUUUUUUGGUCCAUCUGUAGAAGCUUCAUGCUUGCAAGCGCACUUACGGUCCCAACGAGCCCCUAUGAAUAAUCUUGCAUCAUUUGUCCUCGUUGAACAAUUGGCAGCCUUUAUCUUUCCUUGAGAAUAUUAUUAUAUCGACUUGUGAUUCCUGGGGAAGGUCAACCAAGUUUAAAAGCCAAGCCUAUGUGGCGUUUAAUAGCAGUAUUACAUGACGAAACAAUAAAACAAACGAUCCCCUUUUGUCCGAAUUAAGUGCCUGACAAGCAUGACGCGAUUUCUCCACAACAACGUGCAUGGUGAAAGUGGGGGAAUGGUGUGCUUUCUCCCCGAUGUGCACCCUUAAGAUGAGUGAAUCGGCCGUGCAAGCAUGCCGAUGUGGGGCAGUAUUGUUGUAAAUAUAGGUCAACUUGUUUCUUUUCUACCAGCUCUGUGUGGCCCAGAGCAAAUGUGUGGUUGCCAUCAUUUUCGCUCGUCUUUCCAACGGAGUGUCGGACUCAGCUCGGCUCGGUAGCACUGACGAGUUCUGUACAUACAUAUUAUUAUUAUUAAUAUUAAUUAUUAUUAUGAUUACAACCACAUUUUCUUUGGUUUUGUUUUCUUUUUUUGUUUUUGUUUUUUGGUUUCAUGUAUAUUUAGACUGUGAAUGCAUGGCCACAGGUCGCUAACCUAUUUUACCCUAUUUGCUAUAUAAAUGUAAAUGUUCUUUCUUUUUAUUGGGUGAGUGGAGGGACUCGAGGGCGGGGGGGUUGUAUAGAUAUAAUCUGUGCGUUCACUACACACAAGCCCUUGUAUUUAAAGACACACAUACACAUACACACAUACACACACUCAAAAAAGACACAAAGUGAAAAUUCAUCUUCAUAUGAGGACUUAGAAACAGGGUGAGCAGGUUUUUAUGGGGUGCUUUGCAGUGUGCGUGCGUGCCUGUGCGUGUGUGUGCGCGCGCACGCGCGUGUGAGCAAUUAAUUACACACACGUAUAAAAAUUAAUUAAGAAAAUAACGGGAGCACACAACACACACACAUUGUACGCACGCACACACGUGGACCAGAGAAUGAUACAUGAUUGUAAUUAUGAACCCACCUUUUUUAUAUAAAUAUAAAAAAAAUAUAUGACUGCAGGGUAUUGAUAACGUAUAGAUACUUUUUUUUAAAAUGAUGAUCAUGAUGAUGAUGAAUUCAUUGCAAGUGAUACCUGUGAGUGUGUGUGCGCGUGAAAGUUUCUAAUAGUUGAACACGAUUCUCGUUCGUUCGUUCGUUCGUUUGUUUUGUGUUAGCUUAUUGUACAACGAGCAUUCUGCUGUAAAUUUGUUCUUGGUAUUAAAUUAUAAUUUAUGAAUU